UUUUGGCCAUCAUCUACUGAAUAUUAUAGUUAUCUCUAGAUCUAUUAUACUAUACUAUAUAUCUCCAUUUCUGUUCCAAUUUGCUUUAUACAUCUAGUCCACAAUGAGUGUUCCCUUUGGUUUUGAUUUCGGCAACAACAACUCUGUUAUAGCUGUUGCUAGAAACAGAGGCAUUGAUAUUGUUGUUAAUGAAGUGUCUAAUCGUUCUACCCCAACCUUAGUUGGUUUUGGUAUGAAAAAUAGAGCUAUUGGUGAAUCUGCCAAAAAUCAACAAAAUUCAAAUAUUAAAAACACUGUUGGUAACUUGAAGAGAAUUUUAGGUAAAAACUUCACUGACAACGAUGUCCAAAUCGAGAGUAAAUACUUUACUUCUCCUUUGAUUGAUCUUAAUGGCAAAGUUGGUACCAAAGUUAGAUUUUUGGGCAAACAAACUGAAUUCUCUGCUACUCAAUUAGCUGCUAUGUAUCUCAAUAAAAUCAAACAAACCACCGCCAAAGAAGUGAAGGGAAUCAUCAAAGAUAUUUGUGUUGCUGUUCCUGUUUGGUACACUGAACAACAACGUCGUGCUUUAGCCGAUGCUGCUAUUAUUGCUGGUUUAAAUCCUGUCAGAAUUGUCAAUGAACUCACUGCUGCUGCCGUUGGUUAUGGUGUCUUUAAACAAAACGAUCUUCCUGAAGACAAACCAAAAACUGUUGCCUUUAUAGAUAUCGGCCAUUCUUCUUACUCUGUCUCAAUUGUGGCAAUCAAAAGGGGCGAACUAAAGGUCUUAGGCUCAGCUAGUGACAAGCAUUUUGGUGGUAGGGAUUUUGAUAUCGCUAUAACCGAACAUUUGGCUGACGAGUUCAAAUCAAAACAUAAAUUUGAUAUCAGAACAAAUCCCAAAGCUUACAACAGAGUCAUUCAAGCAAGUGAAAAAUUGAAAAAGGUUUUGAGUGCCAACUCUGAAGCCCCAAUCAGUAUUGAAUCCUUAAUGAACGAUGUUGAUGUCCGUUCUCAUUUAAAGAGAGAAGAAUUAGAAAGCUUAGUUCAACCACUAUUAGAAAAAGUUCCUGCUCCUGUUUUAGCUGCCUGUGAAGCCGCUGGCAUCAAACCAACUGAUGUCGACACAAUCGAAGUCAUUGGUGGAACCACAAGAGUUCCAGCCAUAAAAGCCAAACUAAUUGAAAUCUUUGGCAAAAAAUUAUCCUUUACUUUAAAUCAAGACGAAGCUAUUGCUAGAGGUGCCGCUUUUAUUUGCGCUAUUCACUCUCCAACCUUAAGAGUUCGUCCAUUCAAAUUUGAAGACUAUAAUCCUUACUCAAUCACCUACUUUUGGGAAGAAGACCAAGAAGACGUUGAUCAUAUGGAAGUUUUUGGUAAAGGUGCAUCAUACCCUUCUGCUAAAUUAAUCACUUUGUAUAGAUCAAAGGACUUCCAAAUUGGUGCCAAAUAUACCAAUGUUAAAGAGUUACCCAAAGGAACUCCCGAAAUAUUGGCUAAAUGGAACAUCAAAGGUGUUGAGUUGGAAGAAGGUGCUGAAAGUAUAAGUUGUAGGUUAAAAUUAAGAUUAGAUCCAUCCGGUUUAGUCUCCGUUGACAAAGCUUAUACUGUUGUUGAAAAAUUGGUUAAAGAAGAAGUUAUCAACCCUGAUGCCAAAGAAGAUGACGAACCAGUUUUCAAAGAGGUCAAAAAAUUGGUUAAAAAGAACGAUUUAGUGAUUACUGGUGAAUUCUUAGCUUUACCAGAUCAAUUAAGAAGUGAAUUAAUCGAACAUGAAAACUCAAUGGUUAUGGAAGACAAAUUAGUUGCUGAUACCGAAGAGCGUAAGAAUGCCUUGGAAGAAUACAUAUAUGACUUGAGAGGUAAACUCGAAGAUAUUUACGCUCCAUUUGCAAGUCAAGAAGAAAAGGAUAAAUUAUCUGACAUGUUGUUGAAAACUGAAGAUUGGUUAUACGAUGAAGGUUACGAUACUACCAAGGCUCGUUAUAUUGCCAAAUAUGAAGAAUUGGCCUCAAUUGGUAAUUUAAUCAGAGGCAGAUACUUGGCCAAACAAGAAGAGGAAAGACAAUCAUCAAAAAGCAAGCAAGAGGCCAAAAGAGCUCAAGAAUUAGCUGAAAAAAUUGCAGCAGAAAGAAAGUCUAAGAAUGACAAUGACGGUGAUGUUAACAUGACUGAAGAAUUAGAUUAGACUUCCUAUUGAAUUUGGUUUGUUAUGAGCAAAAAGUAGUUUGGUAUAUGAUUUUAUUCUUAAUCUUGCAAUAAUUUUUUUUUCUCCUGUUUUUUUUUUCCACUUUUUCUGUAGCCUUUACAUAAUUUUUAUAUAAUUUUAUAUAUUUUUGAUACACAGC